AACAAUAAGGAGAAAGUCUGCAACGUUUUUGCAGUUUUUCCCACCAAACACCCAACCGAGAUCGGCUGGUGGAGGGCGCACCGUUUAGAUCCCUUAAUUCGGAUCAAAGCUACCUUUAAUGUUCUUUUAACUACUCCGUUGUACUCACGGUCGGGGUGUAAAUAACUAAAACUCUGGUUUCUCUCCCUACCCCCACCACGCGUUCCUAUCAAAUGCGCGCUCCUUCCGAAUCUCCAUCCGCUUGAGUGCCUGCAAAAGAAGGGGCUGUAGAUCGUCGAGAAGGAACCGCGAGAGAGCCGCCGGUGCAAGCGAGUGGGGAAGAAGAGGCGCGUCGACGGAGGGAUAGCCUGGACGAGAGUCGCCUCCAGAUCGCUAGAGGGAAGCAAGGAAGACUUGCUGAAUUCAGAUCAAAGGAGCUUUGUAUCGGAACGUCAUGCAGCAAGACCAUGCCGACAUCGUCUCAUUGGAAGACGACGAGUGUGAAAUAAUCUACCCUGGAGAAAAACCACAUUUCUACUCGAUCUACGGCAAAAGCUUCGGCGACAAAUCCAGCCUCAUUAGCCGCGAGAGGCAAAACGUGGUGGAGAAGCGGUACAAGUGCCCCGACUGUGGGAAAUGCUUCAAGAAGCGAUCGGCCCUCCUCACCCAUGAGAGGACCCACACGGGAGAGAAACCGUACACGUGCUCCGAGUGCGGGAACAGCUUCAGUAACAAAUCCAGCUUGACGAGGCACAAGAGGAAACACACUGGAGAGAAGCCCUUUGGCUGCGUGAUCUGUGGGAAGACGUUCAGCCAGAGUUCGAGCCUUAUCAGACAUGAAAGAAACCACACCGGACUGAAACCGUACAAAUGUUCGGACUGUGGCAAGAGCUUCAAGCAGAGCUCCAGCCUCCUUGUCCACGGGAGGACCCACACGGGAGAGACGCCCUAUAGCUGCUCCAUCUGCGGGAAAAGCUUUUCCCAAAGUUCCAACCUGGUAAAGCACGAGAGGAUCCAUACUGGCGAAAAGCCCUAUCGGUGUUCAGACUGUGGCAACACCUUCAGUAACAAAUCCAGCCUGACGAGACAUAAGAGGAACCACACCGGACUGAAACCGUAUAAAUGCAUUCACUGUGGGAAAAGGUUCAAGCAGAGUUCCGGCCUUCUCAAACACGAGAGGGUCCACGUGCGACCGAAUCUACCAAAACCCUCUGAGCCGGGCAGGAGAUUUAAUCAGAAUUCCACCCUGGUUCCUGCCCACUCGGGAGACGCUGUGGAAGUGCUCGUUCCAUGAGGAAAGCUUUACUCAGGGACCGAACCUUUUUUCCCCCACAUGAAAUGAAACUUGCAAGAGUGAAACUGUAUGAAAUGCUCAGCAUUUGUGAGGAAUUGCGGCCUCCCUAAAUCUAGACAUGCAAGCAGAAUGAGGUAGUAUGCAAAAAUACCACAAGAGCUUUGCUGAGUCAGACCAAGAGUCCAUCUAGGCCAGUAUUCUGUUUCCACAGCAGCCAACUACAUGCCUCGAAGGCCUAUAGCAGAGGCACAGAGACCAAAGUCUUCCUCUGUUGUCACCCCCCCCCUACACACACAGCAGCUGAUAUUUGGAGGUACACUGCCUCUGAACACGGUGGUACCAUUGAGCUUUUAGGGGAUCUGACUUCCGUUAAUGUACCCAAUCCCCAUUUAAAUAAAUUUAAGCUAGAGA